AGAUUAGGAUGCUUUCUGAAUAAAGUCAUAUUACAUAUGCUGCACAUAAAUAACAGGAAUCCAACUAACCCCUGCUAUUUUACCAAUCAUCCAUCUACACUUUGCAUCUCUACUCGUGUGACUGAACCUGUACCUUUAUACAGUCUCACUGUUACCAUUCGAUUACGGCGGUGGAGAAAGGGCUUUUAGCGGCGCUCCCAGUCACUUUUAUUUAUUUAUUUAUUUAUUUAUGUAUGUUACCGCAGAGCUACCGAUCAUUUUGCUGCUUUGAACAGGAAGGUCCCUCGGUGGAAGAAGGGAAAGUAUUUCCUCCGCAUCGUGAUUCAGUUCACAUGCACGCUUAAGCGCUCGCUGUUCAUCUGCUGCCGGAAAAUGGGACCUUAUUAAUGAACAAGGCGAGCCGCAUAUGAGCCCCGCCGGGAUUUCAUACCUUUAGUACGGCCUGGGGGUUAAACGUGCUGACUGGCUCUGGGUCCCAGGAAAAAGCUGCAAUGCUUGGUGGAGCGGGGGGAGCGGCGAUCUGUAGCUGGCCGUGAAAGCCGGUGCCGACGGAGGGUGGGAGACGGUGCUGGGGGAGCCGGGGGGAGCCGCGAUGAGCCUGAACGAGCAGAUGGAGAUGACAGGAGAGGGUACACGUCCUCAUUCGCGGGCGGCAAAGCGAUGCCUUUGGGGGGGCCUGAGGCAGCAGUGGAGGCUGCUGGGAUUGUUCGAGAUCAGCCCCCAACACGAGUUCUACGACCUCACCUGCAUGAUGAAGGAGGGCCUGCAGGCCGCUGUGCAGAACACCAUCGACAAUCCGCCCCCGGAUGAACUUUCUGAAGAAGAUUUUGAAAUGGAAGUCACACAAAUACAUGAGAGUUUUAGAAUGGAGACAUUUGCAGGUCCCGUGUUCGCCUGGCUGCGACGCUCCCUGGGCAUGUCUGAGAGGGACUACCAGCAAUCUCUAGCAACCACCCAGGGCUGCUACCUGCAGUUCAUUAGCAACUCCAAGAGCAAGGCUGACUUCUUCCUCACGAAUGACAAGAGGUUCUUUCUGAAAACACAGAACAAACGGGAAGUGAAAUUCCUCCUGUCCAACUUGAAAAUCUACCUGGAGCACCUGGAGCGGUAUCCCCACUCUCUGCUUGUCAAGUUCCUGGGUGUCCACCGGAUCAAAAUUCCCCGUCAGAGGAAGAAAUACUUCAUUGUAAUGCAGAGUGUUUUCUUCCCCGAUGAGAGAAUCGAAGCCAGGUAUGACAUCAAAGGCUGUGAGAUAAGCCGGUGGACCAACCCCGCCCCCGAGGGGAGCCAGGUCAUCGUGGUCUUGAAAGAUCUGAACUUUGAGGGCAAGCAGAUCACAUUGGAGCAACAGCGGCCCUGGCUGAUCCGUCAGAUGGAGAUUGACACGGCCUUCCUGCAGAGGCUGAACGUGCUGGACUACAGCCUUCUGCUGGCCCACCAGCCCUUGCACCGGGAUGAGCGAGCCAUGGGCCUUUCCUUUGCCAGCGUCAUCAUGCGCACCACCAAGUCCUACCCUCGCAUCAUAACAAGGCGAACAGCUGACAGGUCGGUGAACCCGGGUUGUAGCCCCGCCCACAGCAGCCACGCCUCCGUCCCGGGGGCGGUCCUGGAGGAGGAGUCCACCCUGCUGGUGGCGCAGGUCGACCGGGCGACAGCGCGCUGCCGUGUAAUGGAGACGUAUCACGAGGACGGCCUGCGGCAGGAUCCCGCUGACGGGGAGGCUUCGGUGACAGACCCAGGGCUGCGGGAACUCCUGGCCCAGAACCGGAGGCUGCUGCCCAGCACCAAGAACCCACUGCAUGUGAUCGAUGGCCGGGAGCUGCGCUACUUCGUGGGCAUCAUCGACAUCUUCACCGUCUAUGGCUUCCGCAAGAAGCUGGAGCACCUUUGGAAGCGGCUUCGCUACCCGGGCCAGUCGUUCUCCACCAUCAGCCCCCCUGCAUAUGCACAGAGGAUCUGCCAGUGGGUGCAGGGGCACAGCCAGUGACCCGCAGACCCCCCCAGGGCAGGGGGAAGGUUUCAGGGGAACGGCAAGGGACUGGGGGACGCCAUGCCCCCCCCCCCCCCAUAUCACAGGGUCAGAAGUACUCCUUCUUUUUCAUUGGGUUCUGUAUUUGAUUACAUUCAAUAUUAUGUUACCUUUUUCCAUGGUGUUCCAGGAAAAGGAAAUAUUCAAUUUCAGUCUCAAACAUAUCAAACCUCGUUCUGUCCUGGUUAAGUGAUAUGGGACAAAAACCUCAGGGUUUCUGUUCUUAAUCACAUGCCAUAUAUGACCCAGGACCUGGCAAAAGCUUAGCCAACUGCUAGUAAAACAGACAAUGGUUCUACUACAUUACUACAUUUGUGAGGCUUUCCUGGGUUCAGUUCGGAAUGUUCUCAAUAGAAUACCCCUCAGAUACCCUUCCCAGGACAUACCCCUGUCCUUCCUGCCCUGGUCCAGGUCAUCCUUGUAGCUCUGCAGGAGCAUAGGACCCAGGGGGGACGAAGGAGGGGGUGUACCCUCAAUAUUGAAUUUGACUUCAUGUGUCUCCUCCAAAACAGACUCUUAUACUUAAAUUAUUCAACUGAGCACCCCCCCCCCCCCCCCCCCCCCUCCACCCCAGUCUCAAACUCUCUCCUGUGCCGUUAUGCUAAGAAUACAAGAAUACAUGGAAAGAUGGAUGGGUGAACGUCCCUGAUAACCAGCUCCUGAAGUGAAUCUGCAGGUGCGGUGGCUGUUCCCAUGGGAAGCGUGUCAUCUCCACGUUCCAUGCCUCGAUUAGGUCCAUUUCAGUCCGGUAGUUAUUUUGAGAAUAAAGGACUCAUUUCAUUUGCAGUGUGAGCCUCUGUUCUCACUUCUGUAGCUUUAGAUCACUGAAAGCAAACCUCAAAACGAACACUUGUCCAUCUUCAGGCUGGAGUAGUGAGUGUUUCAAACAAUGUGUGGGCGUCUCAAAUGAUUUGUGGGCGUGUUGAAAGAUUUAUGGGUGUGUUGGAAGGUGGGCGUGUCAGCAGGGUGAAACUGGGUGGAACCAUACAUCAUUUCUUUUAUGCUUUCUGGAAAUAUGGCGAUGUGUGGCGUUACAUGUAAAUAUGCAUAGGAAAUGGCUCACGCUAUAUGAAAGAGUCUGAAACAGGCAUUUAAUUAUAGAUCUCUGUUAAUCAUAGUCAUUACUUGACCUUUAUGUCUGGUCUCUUUCUGAAAUAAUGUUUAUUGACAGCAAUUUCAAACAAAAGAAAUAUUCUUUUGGCACAGCUGCUCUAUUGCACGUCACCUUUUGACACGCCCACCUUUUGACACACCCACCACUCCUGCAGACACAUGUCUCUUAAGGUGGUGAGGUGGUUCAGAGUUCAGCAUGACUUUAACUAGCUGAUCUGGUGGUGGGAAACUGGGUCAAGUUCUGCAGUUUGGCUUUUACCAGAGCAGGUGAGAUGUUAGAUCAUAGUGAUGGAAUAGAGUCAACAAUUUGAGCAGUAAGAAGUGAAAGAAACAGGCUUCUUGGGGUUUGACCUGUACAUGUACCUCCAUAUGUAUCUCGCCAGGGGCCUGCGCCCAUCUCUACACUGAGCCUCAGCACUUCCCUCGCUCCUGCUAUGAUCCUCAUGCUUAUAACCACACCUACUUGCAGCUAAUCCCAUGGUCUCUGGAGGAUAUCAUGGGAAUUUCAGACCUACUGUGACACCUUUACAGAUGCUGCUUCUUUAAUUUGUGAGAAUUCAAACAUAGGAACAUUAAUGUCGCAGGUUCAUCGUCGAGAAGAUUUUGGUCGACCAUGAGAAAUGAUGAUGAAUGAAAAUAUGCAUAGUAUUUCUCGUCUUGUCUGUGAUUUGCCAAGCGGUGUUUGCCAAGUUGCGAGAUUUGCAGAGGAUUAUAAGUAAAGGUUGUGCUCACUGUAUGUGCGCUGACGCCCCAUGAUGGACAUGGUGACGCACCCCAAAUCCUCCCUUGUAAUGGGUACCUUGGGUCUGGGUUCAUAUUUAUAUUCCAUGUGCAGAAGUUUCGAACAAAACCUAUGUGUAUAUCUGUUGGUGUGUGGAGUCUGAGCUAUUACUAUAAAAAAAAAUACAAAAAAAAGAGAACUAACGCAAAUAAUGUUAUUUGAAGCAUGAGUUUCUGUGCAUGAGGAAAAUCUGUAAACAUAGUUAUUUAAAAGUUAAUUUUAAAUAAGGAAAAAGAAAGUAUGCAAUUUCGGAGGCCUACAAGAGCAGAGUCUCUGAGCUACUGAUGCAGCCAUAGACCAUAAGACCCAACCUGAACACCAAAGAGCUCGUCUUUUCUCAUGCAGAGACAAAUUCCUCUUUGUGAAAUGUAUGCAUAAAAUGUCUAUGCCUUUAACUAAAUAAACCAUUUUUAUCACAAAGCAGUAUAACCAAA